AUGAAGAAAAUAAUAAGGAUUGUGUUUAUAGUUUUGGUUAUGAUUUUUGCGAUAUUUUAUAGUGGAGAAGGGCAAUUAGUAGAGAAUUUCUACAUUUCAAGUUGUCCUAAUGUAGAACUGCUGGUGUCUCAAGCAGUGACAAACAAGUUUACUCAGACCAUUACUACUGGACAAGCAACUCUUCGUCUCUUUUUGCAUGAUUGCUUUGUUGAGGGAUGUGAUGCAUCAAUUAUGAUAGCUUCACCAAACGGAGAUGCAGAAAGAGAUGCAAAAGAAAAUCUUUCACUACCAGGAGAUGGCUUUGACACUAUUAUUAAAGCAAAGGAAGCUGUUGAAGCUUUUUGCCCAGGAGUUGUUUCAUGUGCAGACAUUUUAGCACUUGCCACUAGAGACGUUAUAGUGUUGCUUGGAGGCCCUUCAUUCAGCGUUGAGCUAGGACGCAAAGAUGGACUUAUUUCAAAAGCAUCAAACGUAGAAAAAAAUCUUCCAAAACCAACUUUCAACCUCAAUGACCUAAACAAAAUUUUCUCCAAACACAACCUAACACAAACCGACAUGAUAGCACUCUCAGGAGCACACACUGUUGGAUUCUCCCAUUGUGACCAAUUCACAGAUCGUUUAUACUCAUCUCAAGUGGACCCCACAUUAAACCCUAGCUACGCACAAGAAUUAAUGACAGGGUGCCCUAGAAAUGUUGAUCCACAAAUAGUGCUUCCUCUUGAUCCCCAAACUCAAUUUGUUUUUGAUAAUAUUUAUUACCAAAACUUGGUUAAUGGAAAAGGGCUAUUAAGUUCUGAUCAAGUUUUGUUCACUGAUGAUGCUUCAAAGUCUAAGGUUGUUGAGUUUGCUAAUGAUGGUGCUAAAUUCUUUGAUGCAUUUGUUGUUGCUAUUAAGAAGCUUGGAAGGGUUGGGGUAAAGAUUGGUAAAGAUGGAGAUAUUAGGAGAGAUUGUUCUAAAUUUAAUUAG